ACCGUUUCACUUCCCUUUUUUUAUUCUGAGUCGCUGCUGUCGCUGUGAAGAAGGACGGAUCUUCACCUCCGCUCUUCACCUCCGCUCUUCACCUCCGCCCUUCAUCUCCUCACCUCCUCAUCAUCUUCACCACAGGACCAGUGAUCUGCCUGAAAAUGGCCCCCCAGUGGCUGAGCUUCAGUACUGCAGGGAUGCUGCUCCUGGUUCACGUGGCCCCGUCCUUCACGCAGACGUCGUGCAGCGGAGGAGCCCCGGGGAUUCCUGGGAUCCCGGGAACUCACGGGCCCUACGGCACUGAUGGUCCCAAGGGAGCGAGGGGAGAUCCAGGUGAGUCCGGAAAGACUCUCAGGGGUCGGAAGGGGACACCGGGUCUUCCGGGCCCCCCGGGCCGGCCUGGGAUGAAGGGGGAUCUGGGUAUGCCGGGGCCCCCCGGGUUUCCAGGGGAGAUAGGAAAGAGAGGGAAACCCUUCAGCAGCUCCGACCAAGAGAAACCUUUGUUCUCCAGAAAACGUGUGGUGUCAGAAUCCCCGGAGAUGGACACGGCCAUCAUCUUCAACAGAGAGAUUUUGUCGGACGUGGAUGAACAGCUUCAGGGAGGUUCUCUGACAAACGGGAGUUUCACAUGUGUCAUCAGAGGCGUCUACUUCUUCAGUUACCACAUUUCAGCAAGGAGCCGAGUUUGUCUGAACCUGAUGAAGGACUCCAGUGUUCAGACGACGCUGUGCGACACGGCUGAUGGUUUCCUGGUCACCUCCGGCUCUGCGGUCCUGCAGCUGAACGCCGGAGACACGGUCUCGGUCCACACAACCAAGUUCAACAGCAUGCUGACGAGCCAGAGCAGCACCAGUCACACCUUCACCGGCUUCCUCGUCUUCCCCACGGCCUGAAGUCUGCUCCACAGUCACAGGGAACUAAAGACUUUCAGUGACGUGUGCAGCAGAGAAAUCAACUGUGUGUUGUGUUUUAACUAGUUUCACUCAUUAUUAGGUAGAAUCAUUUAAAUGACUGAUUUAGGUUUUGGUGGAAGGAUUAGACAACUGAUGACUGAUGGUAUUUUCUUACAAUUUCCAAUAAUUUAGAAAUGUGGCUCAUAUAUAUAAUCCACCACUCUCUGAGAAAAACACAUAAAUAGCAAAUUAAGAACAAUUAGGAACAAUGUGCUUUUAUAUUUUUUAUGUUUUGUUAAACCGAUAAAGAUCCUUUCUUCAUUCGA